AUGAAAAACAAAACAACUGUGACUGAAUUUAUCCUCAUGGGCUUUCCUACCAAUCAAAGUGUGUCCAUUUUGCAUUCAGUGCUCUUCUCAUUCAUUUACUUCUGGUCCCUGAUGGGGAAUGUCCUCAUUAUCAUGAUCACGACUUUGGACCAGCACCUCCACAACCCCAUGUACCUCUUCCUGAAGAAUUUGUCCUUGAUGGACCUGUGCCUCAUUUCAACGACUGUCCCCAAGUCCAUUUUAAACUCCUUGACCCACAAAAACACCAUCUCUUUCCUUGACUGUGUUACCCAGGUCUUCCUGGUGUUUUUAUUGGCAACUGCAGAGCUGCUCCUCCUCACGGCAAUGUCCUUUGACCGCUACGCUGCCAUCUGCCACCCUCUGCACUAUGAAGUCAUCAUGGACACGGGCAUGUGUGUGCAGAUGGCGGCUGCUGCUUGGCUGGGUGGGGGUCUGACAGCUGUGAUGCACACGGCUAGUACCUUCUCCUUAUCCUUCUGUGGGUCCAGCGUGAUCUGUCAGUUCUUCUGUGACAUCCCCCAGUUAUUAGCUAUUUCUUGUUCAGAAAACUUAAUGAGAGAAAUUGUGCCCAUCCUUAUCAGUGUGGUCUUGAGUUUCUGCUGUUUUAUUUUCAUCAUCAUUUCCUACAUCUACGUCUUCUCCACUGUCAAGAAGAUUCCCUCAACAGAAGGCCAGUCAAAAGCCUACUCCACCUGCAUUCCACACCUGCUGGUGGUUGUGUUAUUUCUCUCCACUGGCUACAUUGCUUAUCUAAAGCCCACCACAGGGUCCCCUUCUAUUUCUGACCUUGUCAUUUCUGUGUUCUACGCAGUGGUACCUCCAACCUUGAAUCCCAUCAUAUACAGUAUAAGAAACAAAGCUGUGAAGAAUGCUCUGAGGAGGCUGAUACUGGGAAAUCUUAUCAAAAAAUAA